CGCCGCCUCCUCCCUUCUUCUCCUCUAAUUCCUUUCCUUUCCCCAGCACGAAACGCCUCCCGUCCACCAGGCCAUCCUCCGCUCCUCUCCUCUCCUCUCCUCGCGCCCAACUCGGCGGAGCCACGCAUUCCCGCUGCCACCACCGCCAGGCUAUUUACCGCACGCCUUCCACCGGGCCCCCGCCGGAGCGCAUCGACGGCCGGCCCCGCGCGGGCGGUCGAUCAAUAACAAACAACAAGCACGCCAUGGCGCGCCACCGCGGCGGUGGCGAUCUCGUCCACCUGCUCCUGAUGCUCCUCCUGGCUGCGGCGCUUCUCCUCGCCCCCGCCGCCGCCGAGACGGAGGCGGAGGUGGCGCCGACCGCGCCGGCGCAGGGCGCGUCCGAGGAGCCGGAGGCGGCGGCUGCGCAGCAGCAACUCCUGCCGCGCCCUCUCGUCAUCGAGCUCCCGUCGGCGGCCGCAUCAGAGCUUGGCGGCGGCGACGGCUCGGGCGACGAGUUCCCGCCGGAGGUGCGGUGCGCCAGCUGGCGGCUCGCGGCGGAGGCCAACAACCUGGAGCCAUGGGGGGCGGUGCCGGCGGAGUGCGCGGCGCACGUGCGGGACUACGUCACGGGCACCGCCUACCGCUCCGACCUCGAGCUCGUGGCGCGGGAGUCGGCCGCCUACGCGCGCGCCGCGCCGCUCGGGGGCGACGGCCGCGACGCUUGGGUCUUCGACGUCGACGAGACGCUGCUGUCCAACCUCCCCUACUACGCCGACCACGGAUACGGGCUUGAAUUGUUCGACCACCACAAGUUCGACGAGUGGGUGGAGAGGGGGGAGGCGCCGGCGAUCCCCUCCAGCUUGAAGCUGUACAAGGAGGUUCGCGAGCUGGGAUUCAAAAUCUUCUUGCUCACGGGCAGGAGCGAGGGGCACCAGGCCGUCACGGUGGACAACCUCAAGAAACAGGGGUUCCAUGAUUGGGACAAGCUCAUCCUCAGGGCAGCAGCUGACCGCAAAAAGACCGCGACAACCUACAAAUCGGAGAAGAGGAAGGAGAUGGAAGCAGAAGGGUACAGGAUCCUGGGCAAUUCAGGGGAUCAGUGGAGCGAUCUGCUUGGCUCUUCCAUGAGUGCUCGCUCCUUCAAGCUCCCCAACCCAAUGUAUUAUAUCCCAUAACAGAAUGAAAAAUUAGGGCGGGUGAAAAAUGUUUUUUUUGACGCCUUUUUCACCAGGCCCAUUUCAACAGAAUACUGACUCGUGCAAAGAAAUCUGAGAAUAAUUUGGCAAUGAAAUUUAAAUUGUACAAACGCUUCACUAACUUCAUGUAGUACGCAUUACCCCUGUAAGUUCGAAUGUAAAGGAUGAAAUGCAGGAGUUAUUUUACGAAUAAAUGGCAGGUUGAGUGAUA